GGAAAGGUGAAACUGAAGAAGGACAGGUAACAACACCAGCAUAGAGCUUGGAACAAGAUAAUAAUGAGUGGUCUUCGUGUCUUUGGCCGCUUUCAAGCUGUUUUAAGGAGCCAGUACGUGAUUACCAAAAGCAUUAAGAAUCCACGAACGGUUCACAGUUGUUCUCUAAAUCUGCAAAGACAUGCUGGUGGGUGUGCCAGAGAGUCACUUCCUAUCAUUUUCGUCUCAGCCAAUGGACAGGAAAAAGAAAGUAAAAAAAUAAACACCGAGUAUGAAGAGGAAAUAUGUAAGAGUGAGAAAGUAGUGGCAUCAGAGAGUAACACUUCAUGUAGGCAUGUAACAGAACAAAAAGGUCCUCCUCCCUCUCCAUUGCCCCAAAGUUCAUCUGCAAACUUGGAUAAUGGAACAAAGGCCAGAAAGGUACAAAGCAAGAGAGGUGGUAGAAAAAAGGCACCCGUUUUCUGUGAUCCACCUUUAACUAAGGAGUCUCUUAAGAAUGUGUCCAGUGUAUGUGCAAUUGUGUUUGGUUACUAUAAGGUAUAUGCAACAACUAUGGGCCGCAAUCUUUCUCUGAAUAACAUGGUCACUAUUGAUGUAUCAACCGCAGUGAAGGAAGCGCAUUUGCACCAGCGGUUGUUGAGACGGGUCUAUAAUUCAAUUCUACCAGAACUUCCUAUGUCCAACCUGUAUGUGAUGGAAACUCAAAAUUAUGUGUAUAAAACCUUAAAACGAAUAAAACCACAAAUUCACAUGCAACUUGUGGAGUGCACACUCAAAACUGUAUUAAGUCAACAACAAAGACAUUCAGAACAUCCCGUCUACUUUGAAUCUAUACCAGGGCUGGUUAACAUGAGAUUUGGACUUGUCCAGGAUGGUGUACGCAUGCCUUGCAAAACUAUAGUCGAGGAGAUAUAUAAUGAAGAUUUGACAGAUACAGGAAUUAAAAUACCAAACUUUAUUUAUACAGAGUAUAAAAACAUGAAAGACAUUGACAGAGAAUUAAUGGGAUCUUGCAUUCUUUUGGGUGCUGCAUUUUGGAAACAUGGCCUGGAGUUAGAGAAGGGGCCUUCCUACUCACUCACAUGAUUUUCUUUGGUGGAAAGAGUUGUGCAUACCUUGCUGAUGAAUCUUACUUCAUGCAUGAUGUGCAUGUGUGACAGAUGCAUCAUCUCUAGAUCUUUUGUUCAUGUUUUACAAUCAUGUAAAUUAAAGGUACUCUGUGAUAUUUUCUCACUGGUGAAUCAUUGCUCUUUCUCUGCACUAAGAUUUGAUGUUUUAUUCCAUUUUAGAUUUAAUAAUUUAGUUUUAAAUGACUGACCUGUCAUUUAGACUAUGAGGCCCAUAUCAACAUUUACCCCUUCAGUUCAUAUUAAUAUCACCUUUGCAGUUUGCUUACAAAAUAAAUUUUAAUUUUUUGUUUGGGGCUUCUGUAA